CUUUUCCCGGAAGUGUUACCGACCAGCUGAUUGUCAACAGUUCACCUGCUCCGCUCAAAACGCGAUAAAUACGAUCGAACACUGAGGUCACGGAGGUCGUCAGCAAGCCUCGACUACGCCGCGGUCUGUUUCAGGAGUGUUUAGCGACUGAUCCCCCCGAAGCCCGUGCUGUCUCCGCCCCACCGGGAGGAGGCCUCAGCCAGCCCCCCUGCCGUCUCCUGCGCCGGUCGGGAUGAGCUCCAGAGGGAGCGGCGGCCGCUCCAACGGCACGCUACCGCAGACCAAGAUCUGCCAGUUCAAGCUGGUGCUGCUGGGGGACAUGGCGGUGGGCAAGUCCAGCCUGGUGCUGCGCUUCGUCAAGGGGCAGUUCGAUGAGUUCCAGGAGACCACCAUCGGCGCUGCCUUCUUGGCUCAGUCGGUGUGUUUAGACGACACCACAGUGAAGUUUGAGAUCUGGGACACUGCGGGGCAGGAGCGCUACCACAGCCUGGCUCCCAUGUACUACCGAGGGGCUCAGGCGGCCAUCGUCGUGUUCGACAUCACCAAGCCGGAGACCUUCGAGAGAGCCAAGGCCUGGGUGAAGGAGCUGCAGAGGCAGGCCAGCCCCAACAUCGUAAUCGCGCUGGCCGGGAACAAGGCCGACCUGGCGGAGAAGAGGCUGGUGGAGUACGAGGAAGCCCAGACAUACGCUGAGGACACCGGUCUGCUCUUCAUGGAGACCUCCGCCAAGACCGCCAUGAACGUCAAUGAGCUGUUCCUGGCCAUUGCAAAGAAGAUGCCAAAAACGGACACCCAGAACCCGACGCAUGCGGCGCGGCAUCGGGGAGUCAACCUGCAGGACCCGGACGCCCACUCCACCCGAGCCUGCUGUGGCGGGAACUAGACCUCCUCCGCCCGCCCCGCCCCUCCCUCCUUCAUCCACCGCCGGUAUCCCUCCAUCCACACCUCCUCCUCCUCCUCCUCCACCCGUCAGCUCGUCCCGCCGCCGUGCGGGGAGACCCGGCACCGCCUCACUCCACCCUCCACCCCGCGUCACCCACCAGAGAUCGAAGGAAGAGGAAGGAGGCGGAGGCCAGUCUGGCGUGGAAGCAUGGACGGAGGUAAAACUGAGCCCGCUCUAGUUCCCGGCGCUAAAUUGCGAAAUCUCCGGGUUUCCUUCCCGCCUUGCGUCAUUGGCGUCACACUGAGCAGCGCAUGUUGGCAAGCAGCCAGACAGGAAGUGAAAAAACACACACUCAAGAAAAGAAAAGAAGAAGUUAAUGGUCCAAGGUGGAUUUUUUUGUUGUUUUUAGCGCUUUGCUUGCUUUGUCUCCUCGUCACGGACUCCUGCUGUGAUCGGCUCCUCUGUCGCUCCCCGGAAUGACUGUAACCCUUCGGACCGGGCUCCGCCCCCGUGCUCAGUGUCGUCCAGUGUUAGGGCUUCCCGGACCGCCGGCUGUGAGCCUCCCUGCUCCGUCAGACCGCCUGCCGUUCAUUUUAAUUGUGUUGAUUUGCAGUAUUGUGACGGAUCCGGUCGGCCCAGACCGAGCCAGUCGAGCCCCGAGUGUGUUCCUCUCACCUCAGACAGGAGUGUGUGAUCCAGGACGAAGGCUCCUCGCUCAUCGCAGAUCCAUAGAUUUACUCUUAAAGGCAACUGGAAGCAGAUCGCUUGAUCAGUUCACCAAACUGAAGCCAAAAUCUAACCUGAAUUAAAAAGCCGAGUGUCAGCCGUGGAGGAACCAGGUUUCCCACAUUACAGAUCCUGAAAUCUGACACAGCUGCUGUUUCUAAUGUUCUCCUUCUCAUGUGAUUUUUUUCACAUCUUCAAAACUGAACCAGGUCGACUUCAAAUCAGCGGGAACGGCUGAAACCUCGCCGAUCAAACUCUGGCUGCCUUCAAGACAAGAAUUGGAAAUAUUAAAACUGUACCCAGACAUGUACACCUGGAACCACGUUUUUACAUGAUUAGCCCUCAAAAUAGGAUUUUUAUGUUAUAUAAUUUGGCUUUUUUGACAAGAAUUCACAAAAAAACUCUUUGAGGAAGCGAUUCCUAUGAAACUACAGAUUUCAUCAGAUUAAUCUACACUGGUGAAUAAUUUAACUUCUGUUUUUUCCCCUUUCUGCUGUAAUAACACAAAACGUAUUUAAUAUAAAACAAAUCAAGAUAAGGUUGCUUGAGUUUUGCUGUAAUAAUAAUGCCUGAACUGAAGGAACCGCUGAUAUUUUAACCUGCUGGAAAAGAGAGUUCAUUAAAACAGUCCAGUUUUUAGCAGAUAGAAUAAGAUUAAAAACACUCCUUGGUUGAAAUGCACUAAAGUGACACUAAUCUGAAGCAGAAAACACGGAUGGCGAACACACUAACGCCCUGCAGGCUGUGGAGAGACGAGGGUUUUCUUGUUUAUUCUGCAAAAAAGCCACAUUUUUCUUCUGAUUUCUUCUGACGAAGGAAGAAGUAGCAGAUGAUGCGCUGCAUGAUCUUUUCUUGAACUGAUGAGAAAGAAGAGAUUAUCGGGUCUUGUAAGGAUCUGCUGGGAGACGGGCAGCGAUUUGAGGAGGUUUUUCUGACUCUUUACCUGAUGUGAUGCAGUUGAAGUGGAAAUCGUUUGCUGGGUGGCAGAGUUUAAGGGAAAAAAGGAAAACAGAAGUGCCUACUCCCAGUUUUCUCUCUGAACCACGUCCGGGUGUGUGUGUGUGUGUGUGUGUGUGUGUGUGUGUGUGUGUGUGUGUGUCUGUGUGUGUGUGUGUGUGUGUGUGUGUGUGUGUGUGUGUGUGUGUGUGUGUGUGUGUGGGGGGGGGGGGUUCUCUCAGCGUGAGCUUCGUAGAGAUGAGGAAGAGGCAGAAACACAUUCAGCUCCAUGACUCCCGUCAUCCGGCUUCACUGUAAAGACAUCUCGUCGAAGACACUGUAUGUUCUGUGUUGUCUUAAUUUAAUGGAAGUGUGUGUCGGUCUGAGCAGCCGGAGCGCCGUCUGCGUCCACAGGACUCCUUCUGUUGUGCUUAGUUUUCAGAUUCACAGAGAAGCGCUGAGCUAACUCAGCCUCUCUUUCCCUGGACGGUAACGGCUCAGUAUUCACAGAUUAACUGCAUCUACUCCGUCAUUCCUCGGCGAUCGGCGAACCUGUAAAGUGCUCAAUAAAGCUGUGAAUGGCACCUCCAGCGCAGAGCUGCACCUUAUUUCACUGCCGGUAGAACAACAAACCAGGAUCCGUCACAAGCUGCAUUUUCAGACGAGAAGGGAUUCAGCCGUCACUCGUCUGAUCAGCGCUUUCACUCGCGGAGUUCAGAUCAUAUUUCAAAACCAGUUUGUGUAAAAAACCCAAAAUGGAACUUCAGUGAAAGCCAGAAUGAAAGUGUUUGUUGAAGAGAAUGUGGCCUGCUGCAGUGUCCUGGGGUCAGGGGUCACGGGCCUUUUGCCACCUCCAUUUAAGGAAAUU